AUGACGGGCCCGGUGCUGAAGGGCAGGGAACAACUGAUGGUGCUACUUUGAACUGCUUUUCUUUUCUCCUUUUUGCACAAAGAGUCUCAUGUCUGAUAUUUAGACAUGAUGAGCUUUGUGCAAAAGGGGACCUGGCUACUUCUUGCUCUGCUUCAUCCCACUGUUAUUUUGGCACAACAGAACCAGGAAGCCGGUGAUGGAGGAUGCUCCCAUCUUGGUCAGUCCUACGCGGAUAGAGACGUCUGGAAGCCAGAACCAUGCCAAAUAUGCGUCUGUGACUCAGGAGCUGUUCUCUGCGAUGACAUAAUAUGUGAUGAACAAGAUUUAGAUUGUCCCAACCCAGAGAUCCCAUUUGGAGAAUGUUGUGCGGUUUGCCCACAGCCUCCAACAGUUCCUACUCGCCCUACUGAUGGUCAAGGAGCUCGAGGCCCCAAAGGAGAUCCAGGCCCUCCUGGUAUUCCUGGGAGAAAUGGUGACCCUGGUAUUCCUGGACAACCAGGGUCCCCUGGUAGUCCCGGUGCCCCUGGAAUCUGUCAAUCAUGCCCUACCGGUGGUCAGAACUAUUCUCCCCAGUAUGAUUCAUAUGAUGUCAAAGCUGGAGGAGGAGCAGUGAUAGCGGGCUAUCCUGGGCCAGCUGGUCCCCCAGGCCCUCCUGGUCCCCCUGGUACAUCUGGCCAUCCUGGCUCCCCUGGUUCUCCAGGAUACCAAGGUCCCCCUGGUGAACCUGGACAAGCUGGUCCUACAGGCCCUCCAGGACCUCCUGGUGCUAUAGGUCCAGCUGGUCCCUCUGGAAAAGAUGGGGAAUCCGGAAGACCCGGACGAACUGGAGAGCGAGGACUGCCUGGACCUCCAGGUGUCAAAGGUCCUGCUGGCAUGCCUGGAUUCCCUGGUAUGAAAGGACACAGAGGCUUUGAUGGACGAAAUGGAGAAAAGGGUGAACCAGGUGCUCCUGGAUUAAAGGGCGAAAAUGGUCUUCCCGGUGAAAAUGGAGCUCCUGGACCACUGGGUCCAAGAGGGGUUCCUGGUGAAAGGGGGCGACCUGGGCUUCCUGGAGCUGCAGGGGCUCGUGGUAAUGAUGGUGCUCGAGGCAGUGAUGGUCAACCGGGUCCCCCUGGUCCUCCAGGAACUGUGGGAUUCCCUGGUUCCCCUGGUGCUAAGGGUGAAGUUGGACCUGCAGGGUCUCCUGGUGCAAAUGGCUCGCCUGGACAAAGAGGAGAACCUGGACCUCAGGGACAUGCUGGUGCUCAAGGUCCUCCUGGCCCCGCUGGGAGCAGUGGUAGUCCUGGUGGUAAAGGAGACAUGGGUCCUGCGGGCAUUCCUGGAGCUCCAGGACUGAUGGGAGCUCGGGGUCCUCCAGGACCAUCUGGUACUAAUGGCAUUCCUGGAGUUCGAGGUAGCCCGGGCGAACCAGGUAAGAAUGGUGCCAAAGGAGAAACAGGACCACGUGGUGAACGCGGUGAAGCUGGUUCUCCAGGUAUCCCAGGGCCUAAAGGUGAAGAUGGCAAAGAUGGUUCUCCUGGAGAACCUGGUGCAAAUGGACUUCCAGGAACUGCAGGAGAAAGGGGUGCCCCUGGAUUCCGAGGACCUGCUGGCGCCAAUGGCCUUCCAGGAGAAAAGGGUCCCGCUGGGGAACGUGGUGGUCCAGGUCCCGCAGGCGCAAGAGGAAUUCCUGGAGAACCUGGCCGAGAUGGUCUACCUGGAGGUCCAGGAAUGAGGGGUAUGCCCGGAAGCCCAGGAGGUCCAGGCAGCGAUGGGAAACCAGGACCUCCAGGAAUUCAAGGAGAAAGUGGCCGACCAGGUCCUCCAGGCUCACCUGGUCCCCGAGGUCAGCCUGGUGUCAUGGGUUUCCCUGGUCCUAAAGGAAAUGAUGGUGCUCCUGGCAAGAAUGGAGAACGAGGUGGCCCUGGAGGACCUGGACCUCAGGGUCCUGCUGGAAAGAAUGGUGAAACUGGACCUCAGGGUCCCCCCGGACCUACCGGUGCAUCUGGUGACAAAGGAGAAACAGGACCCCCUGGUCCACCUGGUAUACAAGGCUUGCCUGGUACUAGUGGUCCUCCAGGAGAAAACGGAAAACCUGGUGAACCAGGUCCAAAGGGUGAUUCUGGUUCACCUGGAACUCCAGGAGGCAAGGGUGAUUCUGGUGCCCCUGGUGAACGCGGGCCUCCUGGACAGGCAGGGCCCCCAGGGCUUAGAGGUGGAACUGGACCCCCUGGUCCUGAUGGAGGAAAGGGCCCCGCUGGUCCUCCUGGGCCACCUGGUACUUCUGGUUCUCCUGGUCUACAAGGGAUGCCUGGAGAAAGAGGAGGUCCUGGAGGUCCAGGCCCAAAGGGUGACAAGGGUGAACCAGGCAGCUCGGGUAUUGAUGGUGCUCCAGGGAAAGAUGGUCCAAGGGGUCCUGUUGGUCCCAUUGGUCCCCCUGGCCCACCUGGACAGAAUGGAGAUAAGGGUGAAGCUGGUACCCCUGGACCUCCAGGUCCAGCCGGAGCUCGUGGUGGCUCUGGUGAGAGAGGUGAACACGGACCUCCAGGGCCUGCUGGUUUCCCUGGUGCUCCUGGACAGAACGGCGAGCCUGGUGCUAAAGGAGAAAGAGGUGCUCCUGGUGAGAAAGGAGAAGGAGGCCCUCCUGGAGCUGCAGGACCUCCUGGAGAUGGAACAAGUGGACAUCCAGGUCCCAUUGGACCACCAGGGCCUCGGGGUAAUAGAGGUGAAAGAGGAUCCGAGGGCUCCCCUGGCCACCCAGGACAACCAGGCCCUCCUGGACCUCCUGGUGCCCCUGGUCCAUGCUGUGGUGCGGGUGCUGUCGGCUUGGCUGGAGCUGAAAAGGCUGGUGGUUUUGCCCCAUAUUAUGGAGAUGAUCCAAUGGAUUUCAGAAUCAACACUGAAGAGAUUAUGUCUUCACUCAAAUCAGUUAAUGGGCAAAUAGAAAGCCUCAUUAGCCCUGAUGGUUCUCGUAAAAAUCCUGCUCGGAACUGCAGAGACCUGAAAUUCUGUCAUCCUGAACUCAAGAGUGGAGAAUAUUGGGUUGACCCUAACCAAGGUUGCAAGUUGGAUGCUAUCAAAGUAUUCUGUAAAAUGGAAACUGGGGAAACAUGCAUAAAUGCCAGUCCUUCAAAUGUUCCACAAAAGAACUGGUGGACCAAUUCUGGUGCUGAGAAGAAACACGUUUGGUUUGGAGAGUCCAUGGGUGGUGGUUUUCAGUUUGGCUAUGGCAACCCUGAACUUCCUGAAGAUGUACUCGAUGUCCAGCUUGCAUUCCUCCGACUUCUAUCCAGCCGGGCCUCCCAGAACAUCACAUACCACUGCAAGAAUAGCAUCGCAUAUAUGGAUCAGGCCACUGGGAAUGUAAAGAAAGCCCUGAAGAUGAUGGGAGCAAAUGAAGGCGAAUUCAAAGCUGAAGGAAACAGCAAAUUCACAUACACGGUUCUAGAGGAUGGUUGCACUAAACACACUGGGGAAUGGGGCAAAACAAUCUUCGAAUAUCGAACACGCAAGGCUGUGAGACUACCUAUUGUAGACAUUGCACCCUAUGAUAUUGGUGGUCCUGAUCAAGAGUUUGGUGUGGACAUUGGCCCUGUUUGCUUUUUAUAA